AUGGACAGUUCUCAUCCGAUUGUCAACUCGAAAGCAUCGCAAACCAAAAAGUUCGCUUGUAGCUAUGACUAUCCAGGAGCGCUGGAAGCCGGUUACCCUCCCGACUACAUCCCGCUGGAAGUGUGCUCUCAUGUGAUCUUUAAGGGUUUCAAGUUUCCCAAGAUCGUCGGACGACAAAUGCUGUUUCACGAUGAUGAUAAGCAGGUGUUCAGCUCGCUCGUUUCCAGCAUCCGGAAGCGUUCCAGCACCGCGGUAAUAGUGGCUUCGAUUCGUGGAACGCAGAACGACUAUUCGACAAUGGCUGCCAUCGGUCAGCGUAGGAAAGCAUAUAUUCAGCUUAUCGGUACGUUGCUGCUGCAGCUUGAUGCCGAUUCGGUGGAGAUCAACUGGAAUACCCCAGGUGGAACUACAGAGUUUGGCGGAUCGGACUUUGAUCGCAUCUCGAUGGUGAACCUGCUCCAGGAUCUUCGUCAGAUCAUUACAUCUGUAAAGCGACAAAGCGCGAUCCGGGAGCGAGAACUCUGGUUUCGUGUUUCGAUCCAUCCCAACGCGAUCACCAGCUCAUAUAACGUGCCGGAAGUUUGUGAGCUAGCCGACUAUGUAACGCUCGAUGCUAAGGAAGUGCCGCUAGGAGACUCUCAUGCUCCCAUGCACACCAAGCCGAUUGCUCUACCAUUUGGGUUCAGUUUGCCGGGGAAUAUACAGUUCAUGUACGAUUUGACCGAUUCUACUCAGCGCUGGAUAACGGCGGGAUGUCCUCCCAAGAAAAUGCUUCUCGCGAUCGCUCUCUACGGCUACCGGAAGGAGUAUCGUAGCGGCGGAAACGGUUUUUUUGGGAACCUGUUCAUGGAGACCACACUUACUGCGCGUGUUGGCCGGCACGGAAAAGCCGACAAAAUUGAGAGAUACAAACGGAAACGGGAAUCCGCGAGUGGCGCUGGACCGGUGUCCAAGGCGCAAUCGAACCGGCGAAACGCCUCGAAGCGGAUGCUACUAGAGACGAAUGGUGCGACAGCGAGGACCGGAAGGGUGGGGACGAAGGGUACGGUGCUCGAUGCCGGACCGGUGACGACGGCUAAUGGGACUGCGGCGGCGGCCGCUGCCGCUGCUGCUGCCGCCGCGGCUGCCCUAUCGGCGGCCAAGGGAGCGACGGACUUCUCGAUUGCGGCGAUCAUGGCACUGCGGGAGGGCUCCAGCAGGAGCCCUCUGGAAGCAGUUUUCGUAAGUGGAUCACAGAAUUCAUCCGGUUGCGAUCGGUUGUCGGAGCCGGACGAUGAGGCAGAUGUCGAUGUGGAGGAGUGCAGUGACUCGGAGGAACCGAAAUCCUCCGACAGUGGCCGUGUUACUCACUCACGAACCACCGAAACACCCAACAGUGGCUCGGUCUCGGAUGAAGAACGGUUAACGCCGGAACCAGCGCCGAAACGUCCCACCAUCGUUGGAUCCUGUAAUUCAGAGGAUCUGCAACCAGUUCAGUGUCACUUGGAGACGAAGGAACUAUGGGAAAAGUUUAACGAACUCGGCACCGAGAUGAUCAUCACCAAGACCGGAAGGCGCAUGUUUCCGACGGUGCGGUGCUCGUUCUCGGGACCACUGCGCCAGAUAACGCCCGCCGAUCGGUAUGUGGUGCUGCUGGAUGUCGUGCCAGUUGACAACCGGCGCUACCGUUACGCGUACCACCGUUCGGCCUGGCUGGUGGCGGGGAAGGCCGAUCCACCACCCCCGGCACGUCUGUACGCCCACCCCGACACCCCGAUCGGGGCCGAUGCCCUGCGUAAACAGGUUAUCUCGUUCGAAAAAGUGAAACUCACCAACAAUGAGCUGGACAAGAAUGGUCAGAUUGUCCUGAACUCGAUGCAUCGCUACCAACCGCGGAUUCAUCUGGUGCGGCUUGGCCCCGGUCAGAACAUCCCGAUCACACCGAAGGAGCUAGCCGAUGUCGACCACAAGACGUACGUGUUCCCAGAGACCAUCUUCACCGCGGUCACCGCCUACCAGAACCAGCUGAUUACGAAACUGAAAAUCGAUUCCAAUCCGUUCGCCAAAGGAUUCCGGGACUCUUCACGCCUCAGCGACUUUGAUCGGGAUCCGAUGGAUGCGCUGCUGCUGGAGCAACAUCUGCGUUCGCCGUUGCGGCUGUUUCCCGAUCCGCUGAUGGCACAGUUCGCUUCCGGUGGCCCUGGCCCCGAUCUACAGGAUCCGGCUUCACUCGCUCUACUAGAGAAAGCACGCCAGCAGCUGCAGAUGUGGGGUCGCUCGCCCUACAGCGAUCUGCUGCUACCACAGAUGUACCACCAUCACCACCACCAACAGCAACGACCCCCGAACCUUGCCGGUCUUAAUCCGCUCAUGUCCGGUCUUUGGCAAGCGGCGCCCGGUACCGGUUGGCCACCGACUGGACCACAGAUGCCGCACGGAUUUCUACCAAACUCGGCGACAGCGGCCGCUAUGGCUGCAGCAGCCGCAUCCGCUGGUGCUCCUACACCACCACCACCAGCACCUCGCACAACACCGCCACCGACGACCAGCUCGGCCGGUUCACAGUCGCCCGAUUCAAGGACGAAACACUUUACACGCUUCACACCAUACCAGGUGCCGCCACCGUCGAGUCAUCACCAGCAUAUGCACCAGCCAGCUCAUCUUCAUCACCCCCCGGAACAUCUUCUACCACGGACUUCUCCUCAACUCCAACAGCAACAGCAGCAGCAACAGGCAGGACCAUCGGCCCCCGGUUCUCCUCGAAGUCCAUCCAAUUGA